AUGUCUGAAGUCACAAUCACAAGCUUCAAGAGCCGCGAUGUGCGGUUCCCAACAUCCCUGGACAAGACGGGCUCGGAUGCGAUGAACGCUGCGGGCGACUAUUCGGCGGCAUACUGCAUCCUGGAGACUGAUUCUGCGCACAGAGGUCAUGGCAUGACAUUCACCAUUGGCCGUGGAAACGACAUUGUCUGCGCAGCCAUCAACCACGUCGCCGAUCGACUCAAGGGCAAGACGCUGUCGUCACUGGUGGCCGACUGGGGCAAGACGUGGCGGUACCUGGUCAAUGACAGCCAGCUGCGGUGGAUCGGCCCCGAGAAGGGCGUCAUCCAUCUUGCGCUGGGAGCCGUCGUCAAUGCCGUCUGGGACCUGUGGGCAAAGACGCUCAACAAGCCGGUGUGGCGCAUCGUUGCCGACAUGACGCCCGAGGAGUACGUCCGCUGCAUCGACUUCCGCUACAUCACCGACGCCAUCACGCCCGAGGAAGCCGUUGCGAUGCUGCGCGAGCAGGAGGCCGGCAAGGCCCAGCGCAUCGAGGAGGCUCUCCAGAACCGAGCGGUGCCUGCAUACACAACAAGCGCCGGGUGGCUGGGAUACGGAGAGGAAAAGAUGAAGCAGCUCCUGAGAGAGACGCUGGCCGACGGAUACAGGCACUUCAAGGUCAAGGUUGGCGGCAGCGUCGAAGAGGACCGGAGGCGUCUGGGCAUCGCUCGUGAGAUCCUUGGCUUCGACAAGGGCAACGUCCUCAUGGUCGAUGCCAACCAGAUCUGGUCCGUCCCCGAGGCCAUCGACUACAUGAAGCAGCUGGCUGAGUACAAGCCCUGGUUCAUCGAGGAGCCGACCUCUCCCGACGACAUCAUGGGCCACAAGGCGGUUCGCGAGGCUCUCAAGCCCUACGGCAUCGGCGUCGCUACCGGCGAGAUGUGCCAGAACCGCGUCAUGUUCAAGCAGCUGCUCAUGACGGGCGCCAUCGACAUCUGCCAGAUCGAUGCCUGCCGCCUCGGUGGUGUCAACGAAGUCCUGGCCGUCCUUCUCAUGGCCAAGAAGUUCAAUGUGCCCAUUGUACCGCAUUCCGGCGGCGUGGGCCUCCCCGAGUACACCCAGCACCUGAGCACCAUCGACUACGUCGUCGUCAGCGGCAAGCGUUCCGUCUUGGAGUUUGUGGACCACCUCCACGAGCACUUUUUGCAUCCUUCCGUCAUCAAGGAUGGAUACUACCAGACACCGACCGAGGCUGGGUACAGCGUUGAGAUGAAGCCGGAGAGCAUGGACAAGUAUGAGUAUCCCGGCAAGAAGGGUGUAAGUUGGUGGACGAGCGACGAGGCUCUGCCCAUCCUGAACGGGGAGAAGAUCUGA